AUGGCCGCUCAUCUCUCCAACAGCGCAUCGGCGCCCUCGUCUUCAUACGAAGGCGCAUCGCUUGCAGACUUGCCCAAGUCGUGGCACUUCACCGAAUCGCUCCCUGCGGACGCUCGCUUUCCGACACCGGCCGACUCUCACAAGACCCCCCGAGACCAGAUCAGACCCCGACAAGUCCAUGAUGCAAUGUUCUCAUGGGUGCGCCCCGAAGAGCAGCAGAAUCCCGACCUCCUCGGGGUCAGUCCGGCUGCAAUGCGCGACCUGGGAAUAAAGGCUGGCGAAGAGAAGACAGAGGAUUUCCGACAGUUGGUAGCUGGCAACAAACUAUAUGGGUGGGACGAGGAGAAGCUUGAGGGCGGGUAUCCUUGGGCGCAAUGCUAUGGAGGCUUUCAGUUUGGUCAAUGGGCUGGCCAGCUGGGCGAUGGACGAGCCAUUUCACUGUUUGAGACUACAAACCCUGAGUCGGGAGAUCGUUACGAGCUGCAGUUGAAAGGCGCGGGUUUGACGCCGUACUCUCGCUUCGCAGAUGGGAAAGCUGUGCUGCGAUCCAGCAUCAGAGAAUUCGUUGUCUCCGAAGCUCUCAACGCCUUACGCAUACCUACCACCCGAGCAUUGUCGCUCACCCAACUGCCGCACUCCAAAGUUCUGCGCGAGAGGGUCGAGCCGGGUGCCAUCGUCCUACGGUUUGCGCAGACCUGGCUUCGACUGGGUAGCUUCGAUAUCCUCCGCGCUAGACAAGACCGUCCUAUGAUUAGGAAGCUGGCCACCUACAUUGCCGAGGAUGUCUUCGGCGGCUGGGACAAGCUGCCCGGCCGACUAGAGGACCCGGAGAACCCGACGACCUCGCCUCUUCCGAAGCGUGGCCUGGCCGCUGCCGAAACCGAGGGCCCCGAUGAGGUUGCAGAAAAUAGAUUCACCCGACUCUACCGGGAGAUUGUGAGGCGCAAUGCCAAGGUGGUUGCCAACUGGCAAGCGUAUGGCUUCAUGAAUGGUGUGCUGAAUACGGACAACACUUCCAUUUAUGGAUUGUCGAUAGACUUCGGCCCGUUUGCCUUCAUGGAUAACUUCGACCCAACGUACACGCCGAACCACGACGAUUACGCACUCCGAUAUAGCUAUAAGAACCAACCUACGAUCAUCUGGUGGAAUCUUGUUCGCCUGGGAGAGGCUCUGGGAGAGCUGUUUGGCAUGGGCGCAGACGUUGACGAUCCGACCUACAUCAAGGAAGGUGUCAAGGAAGGCCAGGAGACAGAGAUUGUUGCCAGGGCAGAGAAGAUCAUUGCGCGAGUCGGCGAGGAGUACAAGGCCACGUUCUUGGCAGAAUACAAGAAACUGAUGACCGCACGACUGGGACUGCAGAACUUCCAGGACUCUGACUUCGAUGUCCUCUUCAGCGAAGCACUCGAUACCAUGGAGGCCCUUGAGUUGGACUUCCACCACUUUUUCCGUCGCCUGAGCUCAAUUAAGCUGGGGGAGCUGGCUACUGCGGAGGCAAGGGAGCAGACGGCAUCUGUUUUCUUUCACAAGGAAGGGCCACCCAAGACGGUCGACGAGAACAACGCGAGACAGCGACUGGCCAAGUGGCUGGCGAGCUGGCGAGAGCGAGUCAUUGAGGAUUGGAGCGAAGCUGACAACAUCGUGUCGGAGGCUCGGGAGAACGAGAGGAUCCAAGCUAUGAAGCAGGUGAACCCUAACUUCAUUCCCCGAGGCUGGAUCAUGGAUGAGGUUAUACGACGCGUGGAGAAGGAGGACGACACAGAGGUGCUGGACCGUGUCAUGCACCUUGCCCUUCACCCCUUUGAGGAUUCGUGGGACGGCCAGACGAUCGACGGCGUUCGAUAUGACGGCGACAGCGAGGAGGAGACUCGGUGGACGGCCGAUCCUCCCAAAACCGAGAGGGCCAUGCAGUGCAGCUGUAGCUCUUAG